AUGGUACGAAGGACGGAUACGUACAAAGGUGACAUGCGCAGGAAGCGAGAGGUCGACUUAGGUUCCUUCCUUACCAGAUCAACCACAUGGCAUUCAACUGCAUCUCAUGUAAUAAUCCGCGCCUCUUUAUCAUUCUGCUACGUUCUUCUACACCCCCAAACGUCGCUUUGCUAUUUUGGUUUGCUACCUUCGGCUACCUCGCCUGCCAUUGGAGGAUCUCGAAAGCCACCACCAUCACAACCACAUUGUACUGGUAAUGGUGGUGGUGUAGAGUUGCUUCUCCUCGCCAGUCAACGGGCCUCUCAUCCCAAGUUCGACGCCAAUUCGCUUGUCUGUGGUGCCUGUUGGCCGCUGGAGCAACUGUCUGAUACUUCGCGGGUCAUGACUCGGCACUUUGAUCGAUGCUGCAAAGCUGGGUACAGCUGUCAGGAGAGAGGCAGCGCAAGGCCAUGCAUCUACAAUGCCCGAGAUCCGUUCCAGGGUACGAUGGAGGCCAGGAGACACGUCUACCCCGAGCCGCGACGCCAAGAUGCCCCUCUGCGCCCUCACCGAUUCGACUUCCAGGUUUUCCGCCUGGUCGGUUCCAACUCAUCGACGCCAUUGACCACGAGGAGAGCGCCUGGAUUCCGUGGCGGACCUCGUCUCCCGCUUCUUGGCUUCCACCGUUCAUCACUUCACCGUCAUGUACGUCGCUCUCCUCCCCACCCAUCCCACUUUACCGGCCUAACCCCCCCCCCCCCAACUGCUAACCCUUUUGAUAUCGGAAUUGUUCUUUUGUCUCAGCUCUCGAUCACCCCUACACAGCAAUACCCAGCAUUUGCAGACCUCCCCCCCGUCGUUCUCUCUGUCACUCUGCAACCCCUGGCGCGGCACCAUGUGCGAGGAACACUCUCGCGGCGAAUCAUAUCGGCUGAAUCGGCUUGA